GCACUCCGUGUUUUUUUUAUAUGAAAUUGCGGAUUUUAAAAGACAAGAAACGAACUUCUCCGGAACGAUCAUGUGAGCAAUGGCAGAAAAGGAAGAAUAUAUAAUUCCUGAUGCUAUCACAGAAGAAAUCAAUCCUAAGAUUGUAGAGACCUAUAUCAGUAUACCUGGUCUGGAGGUGAAGUGGAAGAUACCAGGUAUAGGCACUGCUGAACUCGAGAAUAAUUGUACAGUUACUCCUACAUUUAACACAGAGUCUCUAGAAGUGGUUGCUGUUGUGAAGAAGGAUAAUGGAGUGGAACAUAAAUAUAAAUACACAGUGCAAAAACUACCAGGGGAGAUAAUUCCUUCAGAAUGUUCAACCAAGUUUAAGGAUGACCAGAUUACAAUAGUACUAAAGAAAGCCAACCAGUCAUCUUGGGAAGUUCUAUUACAACGAGGGCUUGAACAGGCCAAGUGAUAAAAAACAAAUUACUUUCAGGGGAGAUAAUCAAUAGAAAAUUUUUCAUUUAUCUCCCUCUGCAGUAAUCAGUGGAAGAGAUGUAAAAGCAGCAAAGAUUAUGAAAGGAGGCUAGAUCAGAAGAAUCUUAAAGCAACAUUUGGAAUUUAAUAUAUAAUAUAUCUUUGUAUACUUGUACUAAUUGAUUUAACUAUUAACUGUGGUUAAAUAAUGCACCUUCCUCUGAAAUAUCAUAGUUAGAUAUAGCUGCAUUAUUAUUUUUUUGUGUAGUUGUAAAACCCUUUCUUGUGUUCAUGCUGACUACAAAAAAGAAUCUGUCUAAUAGACUGAGAAAACCCAUAUCAUUCUAGUACCAUGCUAUGGGAAAAUUUUGUAUGGAGAGAUCAAAGGAAAAUUUGAAAAAAAAGUGAUAAACUCUAAUUAAUUACUGGAUUCUUGAUCGUGAUAACUAUUGAAUGUCCUACAUAAAAUCUUAAUCCUUUAGUUCUGACAGUCCUGAAGGACAUAAAAGUCAUUUUAUUUGGUUACAGUUGGUGCUAAACCUGCUUACUGUUAUAAGGGCAUAUUCAGAUGGUCCGCCUUUUUAUCAGCAAAUAUACUUUUUGUUUGCAUAAAUUUGAGGAAAAAUAUUCUCAACCCUAAACUUCCCACUUUGGCAAAAUUUGUUACAUAACAAAAAUGUCAUGUGAUGAUGUUUAAUAUAUUGUCAUUUUUAUACUUUUGUAAGGCAUGUAGAUUUUUGUUUUGUUAACUUCCACCUCCUGAAGAUUUGUUAACAGCUUUUUACACCAGAAUCUAUACACACCAAUGUAUAUAUGAAUUUUCAAAAAAAAUGUUUUAUUUACAAUGUAUGACCUCUUAAAAUUGGAAUAGUUUAUAGAGUUUACAUGUAAUAAAGUUUUUAGAAUUCUAAUUCAAUUGAAUUAUUCUGUUCAAAUAAGCAAUUUACGGAAUUGAGUGACAUUAAAUGAAAUGUGUUACUGCAAGUGGUUUCACAAUAAAUAUGAGUUAAAUACCUUGAACAAGAACUUCAUUGGUUAAGAAUUCAUAAUUUUUCCCCUUUGAAUUUUAAAAUUCCAUUUAUAAGCCAAUUUUAUUUAUACUUGUUGAUAUAAUUCACUAUGUAUGUUUGAUGACCAAAUCUGUUUAUUGAAUGAAUUACUGAACAAUAUAUACCAUCAUAACACAUAUGUAUUUAUGAUGCAUUUCUGAGUUGUAUAUAUACUGUUUAUUUUUCAUUUUGAUGGCAUUAUUUUUAUGUAUAAUUUAAAAUUCUGAAAAUGCAAAUUGUCCAUUGCUUAUCAUUUGCAAUAAUAAUGGAUGUAAAUAUUCCUUAUGUUUUAGUUUUCUAUUUUUUAUCUUAAGAUAUUUAAAAAAAAUUAAAGUUAAUGAUCAUCGUUG